CUAAAUUUCAAAUGUUAGAAUAACCAACUAGAAAUCUAUUUACUGGAGUUCAUAAUUGGAAUAAAUGCAUAUUGUCAUCAAAUUUAAACUUUAAUUGUUUCGAACAAAAAUCAGUGAACUGCUUCGUUAGGGUUUUGGCAGACCAAAUGGUUUUACAAUAAUCAACAUCCCGGAGCUGCACCGGAGAAAGAAGACUUCUGGAGAUGGAGAAUUCAGCUUUAGACGAUUUCCGAGACGUUGAUAGCUGUCGGAAGAAAUCAAACCCUGUCAAAAAUCAUUGUCAAUUGAUGGGCAACUUGCUGGAUGAUUCUUUUAGGGUUGACUUUAAAACUUCAAUUAAAAAAGCCAUCUUUACUACCCCAGGCAAUGAGAACUUGCUGUUAGCGCAGCGCUGGUUUUAUUGGAGAUCGCUGAACCGUUGCUCAGCAAAGUGAUUCUCCAAGUAGAUUUGCGGGAGAUACAAAGCAUGGAAAGUUGGCUUCGAUAUAUGAAGGCAUUAAUGGAAGAUCAUCCGGACCUUAAAACGAGCAGGAGGCUCGAAGACCAGGUCUACAAAGUUCGAGACAUUGCUUACGAUAUCGAAGAUGUUCUUGAGGAAUUUAUGCUCCACUCCCCACCCUAUUUGUUCCACAAUCACGGAAUCAGCCGCACGGUUCACAACAUCCUCCACCAGGCCUAUCACGGAUUCCCACUUAAUGCCAUCUCCGAGAAGAUAUCAAGAAUCAAGAGAAGUAUCGAUGAUGUCAGGUCGCAGCAAAGAUUUUUCGCCAGUGCAGGAUCCUCGUCAAAUUCAAGAAACAGGGGCCCGCACCCCCCGGCGAGUCCUCUUCUCCUUGACGAUGAAAUGGUUGGCUACGAUAACGAGAAAAUGAUAUUCGCUCGUCAGUUGGUGGAUGGAGAAAAGAGGCUACUCACACUAGCUGUUGUGGGUCCCGGUGGCUCGGGAAAGACGGCGUUUGUGAAGAACGUUUUUUGGAAACGAGGCAUUAUGGGUCGGUUUGACUGUCACGCUUGGGUUCAAGUCUCUCAGAACUUUCAAAAAGAGGAAGCCUUUGUCAAUAUGCUUAGACAGUUAUGUGGUUCAAGAAAGGAACCAUAUCCAAUCGACGACGGUACGAAUACGGAGGCAAAACUCCGAAAGUACCUCACUGGAAAGAGGUUUAUCGUUGUUCUUGACGAUAUUUGGAGAAAGGAAGUUUGGGAUGUUAUUAAGUACGUACUGCCCGAUUCCUUCUGUGGCAGCAGAAUAAUUGUCACAACCAGGUCGUCGGAUGUCGCCUCUGUGUGUGCAUCGUCAAGCCCUCUUGUACACGAAUUAAAGGAAUUAGAAUGGCUACAAGGGUGGACCCUCUUCUGCAGGAAGGCCUUCCCCGAGAGAAACGGCGAAUGCCCUUCCGAGUUGAAGGACUGUUCCAAACGAAUAGUGACGAGAUGUGAAGGACUACCCCUCGCUAUUGUGACAGUUGGCGGUGCUCUUUCGCAAAUACCGAGACUUCCGAACGAGUGGAAAAGUUUCCACGAUAGCAUCGGAUGUGAAACACGGGACGGUUCCAGUUUGUCUGUCAUCAGCAAUGCGCUGUUGCCUGGCUAUAUGGAUCUCUCGAGCAAUCUGAAGUGCUGUUUCUUGUACUUUAGUGUAUUCCCCGAGGAUUACUCUGUCGAGCGUGGAAGACUCAUUCGUCUCUGGGUAGCUGAGCAGUUUGCUGUGAGAACCGACAGCAAAACGGCUGAGGAAGUUGCGGAGGGUUAUCUCAAAGAACUGAUUCAGAGGAACUUGGUUCAUGUUUCAAACAGGGAUUUCGACGGAAAGCCUAGAAAUUGUAGGGUACUGAACCCUGUUCUCAACUUCAUCAUCCACAAGUGCAAGGAUGAAAAUUUCGCAUCGAUCUUCCCUCGAGAGAGUACGAGCCGAAACCAGAAGAUCCGCCGUCUAUCCGUCCACGAUAGUUGCACACAUUUGCCUCGAGACAUUGGCUUUAGUGGUGUUCGUUCGAUGUUUUUAUUGAGGUUGCUCGAAAUAUCCACACCUAAUUUCGAGAAAGUUCUACGCGAGCUUAAAUUGGUAAGAGUCUUGGACUUCCAAGGCGCACCGAUUCAAGAGGUUCCCAAGGACAUCACUCGUCUCACUCUUCUUAAGCAUCUUAGUUUCAGAGGUACUAAAAUAAAUACGAUUCCGAGUUCCAUAGAGAAGCUUUCUUACCUCGAAACCUUGGACCUAAAACAAACUGAUGUCACGGAGCUACCUAAAGAGAUAUCCCAUCUGCACAAUCUCCGUCACCUCUUUGCCUACAAAUACAACGUCGACGAUUAUGUAGCUUUUGACUCGGUGCAAGGUGUUAAGAUGCCCCACGGGAUCGGAAACUUAACGAAUCUGCAAAAUCUGUCUCUUAUGAAGGUAGGAAAAAAGGUUCGUAUUCUAGAAGAAUUGAAAAGUUUGACAAAACUUAGGAAGCUAGGACUUACGGGGCUGAGAAGGGGACACGGUAAAGAGUUGUUUACAUCUAUCGAACAUAUGCCCGAACUUCGAACUCUGGAUUUAUGCUCGAACACGAAGGAAGAGUUUCUUGAAUUGGGAGAGAUGAGAAGACGCCCUCCUCUUUCACUCGAGCGUCUAUACUUGAAAGGGCGCCUGAAGCAAUUUCCUUCGUGGAUUUCGUCGUUGCAUAAUCUUCUGAGAAUUGGUCUCAAGUGGUCUAAAAUGCAACGCAGCCCGUUGCGUGAUCUUCAGGAACUCAAAAACCUGGUGGAGCUUCAGCUGGUGGACUGCUAUAUCGGCGGAGAGUUGAUAUUCGAAGCUUCGUCUUUCAAGAAGCUGAAGGUUUUACUGAUUGAAGAUUUCGCGGAACUUCACACGAUUGUGGUACAAAAUGGAGCUAUGCCCGAUGUGAAACAGAUAUCGCUUCGUCGGUGCCCAAGAGUGACGAUUGUGCCGUUGGGAAUGGAAAAUCUUGCCAAGGUUGAGGAGCUGACUCUGUACGACAUGGCGCAGGGGUUCACAGCUCGAGUUAGAAAGAACGGUAUAGAUCGUGCGAUGGUUACGCACAUUCCCGUGAUUCAUUCUUUCACUCUCAGGAACCGGUCUUGGUCGUUUGAGAAUCUUUCGGAUUCUUUCUUGCGUUGAUCGAUUCAAGCUGCAUGUCAUUGCAAUAACCUCUCGGUGAGCAUGAGCAGUUUCUAUUUCAUUUCAUGGAUUUGUGUUUUUUGUGUAG